AUGAAGCUAGGGGAUGCCGUCAAUCUGCUGCCUUGCCAUGAGAUAGCUUGGGAACAGCCAUCUAUUGCCAAUAUCAAGCUUGUCCAGAGGUAUUCAGAUGCGAUUGACAUGAUAUAUAUCGAGAAGCGACUUCCCCCAUAUCUUAGUGAUUUCAGCCAAGUUCUGCUCAUCCACGCCAUCUACCGCCGCACCUCAGAAGUCCUCGAUGAAAGCCGUAUGCGACUGUCUACCUGGAGUCCCACAUCCAGCAUACAAGCCAUAGCCACUGAACCCAAUCGAGCUCAGAAUUGGCCUCCAUCUAGCACAGCGGCGUCAAACUGGCGCAACGCGGCCUGUGACUCCCUCGAUGUUCUGAACUGGGCGGCCAAUAGCAGAGCAGCCGAAUCAUGCUGGGAAGAGCCAAUAAUCCUAUAUCUACAUCUUUCGCGCCUGAUACUCCUCGCUCCAACUGCUCAUUUCCAGACGCUGGCAAAGUUUCCGUCAUUGCACACUUUGAAAUGGCCCCACACGAUCCCUUCAAGCCAACACCAUUACGAAAAUUCGCGUAGCCAUGUCCUCCAAUGGGCCAUUCGCGAUCAGUUCAAGGCCCGACUGUCUGUCGUGCACGCUGGUGCCUUACUAUGGCAUGUUCGCCGUUUCAGCACCGACAGCCCCAUAGAACCAUUUAGCAUUUACAUCGCCACGCUCCUUCUCUGGUCGUACAGCGUUUCGACAUGCCCGGUGAGCGGCCCGCCAGCUCCUGCGAGACUGAAUCAAAGCUCACAAGACGAGGAUGUCGCUCCAGAUGAUUCUGAUAAUGAGACUCUCUGGCUUCGCCUUGACCGGCCUUUGGACGAUGAACUAGUUCAGACAUAUAUACGUGUUGGGAGCAAGAUGUCCGCCCAAUUAAAGGGCGUCGGAGAUAUCUGCAAGCGUGACGCGCCUUUGAAGAUUCUGAAGGAGGGUUAUAAGUUACUUAACGGGGAAAAAUAUGCGAGGAGCCCCGGCAACGCUAACACUAUCAAUCAAGGUACGCCGGGGAAGGAAAUACAUUGCACGUGGGAGAUGAAACGAUCCUACGCAGCAACAAUCAAGUGUCUGAUCGAUGCAACUGGCUCCUUGUAG